UUGUUGCUGUAUUUCAUAUGACAUUUAACUGUUGCAAAUACAAAUUCCAGCUAAAUAGACCCUUCAAUUCAAAAACAGUCUCAUUCUCUAGUUUUAAGAAGAAAGGGAAGGAGAUGCCUUAAAGACUCAGCAAGUGCUAAACUGGCAAAUAAGUUAUAUUAAAUGUUAAAAUAAGUUUAUAUUAAAUGUUAAAGUAUUUGCCUGGAAUGACUUUUCCAUUGUCCUGCUUGAGAAACGCAGAGGCGCCUCCUUAUUACUUUUAUAUUUGCUUUACAAAGGCAAAUGUAUCAUCACGCUCUGUAUUAACCGUAUGUUGACAUUUUUGUCAUACCCACAGACGGAUGCAUGUCUGUGCAUGGUUUAUAAUAAGUGCACGUAAACAAAGAGAAAAUAAAUAGAAAAAGGGAGAGAUUUAGUAACUCCUCCCAGACACAGAUGAAAUUAGUUUUCAUUACUUUUUUUUUUUUUUUUUUUUUUCGCUUCAGCUCUCCCUCAGUGCGGGAGGAAGCUGUGUGCUGCGGCUGAGUGCUGGAAUGAGGAGUAAUUGAGCUUCAGCUGAGCCGGAGGUAGCUUUCUCCUCCCGGUGUCAUUGCUGCAGCCUCCAGUGCCCAGUGCCUAGUUCCUGAGCUGCCUCUCUUCGCGGUGCAACAUCGCCCAUCAAGACAGCAAAGCCGCCGCAGAAGUUGCCCGGCAGAAGACUCCGGAGGCAUUGGCUCAGGAACUUUUCACGUCAUUUUCUGCUCGGGAGUCCCUUCUCGCCUCUCCGCGCAGCCUUUCCCACCGCACAUCCCCGGUGCUCAUGGGGCAGGCGGAGAGGAGCUUGCAGCACUGAGCGGAACCGGACUCGAGCCCGUGAUGUCCGGCACCGAAUUGGAGGACUGCCCCCCUUGUCGCAACUGGUCAUCUGCCUCGGAGCUGAAUGCAACUCAAGAGCCCUUUUUAAACCCCACCGACUAUGACGACGAGGAAUUCCUGCGGUACCUGUGGAGGGAAUACCUGCACCCGAAAGAAUAUGAGUGGGUCCUGAUCGCCGGGUACAUCAUCGUGUUCGUCGUGGCUCUCAUUGGGAACGUCCUGGUUUGUGUGGCAGUGUGGAAGAACCACCACAUGAGGACAGUAACCAACUACUUCAUAGUCAAUCUCUCUCUGGCUGAUGUGCUCGUGACCAUCACCUGCCUUCCAGCCACACUGGUCGUGGAUAUCACUGAGACCUGGUUUUUUGGACAGUCCCUUUGCAAAGUGAUUCCUUAUCUACAGACUGUGUCGGUGUCUGUGUCUGUCCUCACACUGAGCUGUAUCGCCUUGGAUCGGUGGUAUGCAAUCUGUCACCCUUUGAUGUUUAAGAGCACAGCAAAGCGGGCGCGUAACAGCAUUGUCAUCAUCUGGGUUGUAUCCUGCAUUAUAAUGAUUCCUCAGGCUGUUGUUAUGGAGUGCAGCACCAUGCUCCCAGCCUUGGCCAAUAAAACCACCCUCUUUACAGUGUGUGAUGAGCGCUGGGGUGGUGAAAUUUAUCCCAAGAUGUACCAUGUCUGUUUUUUUCUGGUGACAUACAUGGCACCACUGUGUCUUAUGGUGUUGGCUUAUCUGCAAAUAUUUCGUAAACUCUGGUGUCGACAGAUCCCUGGAACAUCAUCUGUAGUUCAGAGAAAAUGGAAGCCCCUGCAGCCUGUUUCACAGUGUCGAGGGCCAGGACAGCCGACCAAGUCCCGGAUAAGCGCUGUGGCUGCUGAAAUAAAGCAGAUCCGAGCCAGAAGGAAAACAGCCCGGAUGUUGAUGGUUGUGCUUUUGGUAUUUGCAAUUUGCUACCUACCAAUUAGCAUCCUCAAUAUGCUAAAGAGAGUAUUUGGGAUGUUUACCCAUACCGAAGACAGAGAGACUGUGUAUGCCUGGUUUACCUUUUCACACUGGCUUGUGUAUGCCAAUAGUGCUGCUAAUCCAAUUAUUUAUAAUUUUCUCAGUGGAAAGUUUCGAGAGGAAUUUAAAGCUGCGUUUUCUUGCUGUUGCCUUGGAGUUCACCAUCGCCAGGAGGAUCAGCUCACCAGGGCAAGAACUAGCACAGAGAGCCGCAAGUCCUUGACCACUCAGAUCAGCAACUUUGAUAACAUAUCAAAACUUUCUGAGCAAGUUGUGCUCACUAACAUAAGCACACUCCCAGCAGCCAAUGGAGCAGGACCACUUCAGAACUGGUAGAAUAUUUAUUUAUACGACAAGGAUACUUGAGUAAAACUAUCCUUUUUAAAAUCACUGGGAACAGAAAUUUUAUUAUCCUAUUGAUGUGAAGCUAAAAUUACUUGUGAAUUCUUUUUGUUUUUUAAUCUGUUGCUCUUUGGAGAUUAGGAAAAAAGUCAGUGUAAAAUGAUUUCUAAACUUUUGAUUUAAAUAUGUAAGAAGUUUAACCCUCAACCGAACUUAUUUGAGACAAUUUCGCUUUUAGCUUCAUGUAUUAGAAUGUGUGUCAAUUAAAUGUUUAAACAUUUCUAACUCUUCGUAUAAUCCCUAAUUAUUUUAAUCUCUCGUAUUUAAAUUGGUUCUUAAUUACCAAAAUCUAUCCAAUGAUUUUUUUGCCACUAAAAGAAGUAGCAAUUACUAAUUCUGAAUUAAUAAUAGACAUAUGUUAGUUGACUUAAUAGUUUUUUUUUUGAAAAAUCACAAGACUGUUGUUAUAAUGUGAUAUCUAAGAAAACAUUUAUAUAUAAAAUAGCAUAUUGUAUUAGGUAAUUCAAAAAUUAUCUUUCAAAACUACGUACUCACUCAUUUACACAAUUUUCUCAGGUUUGUAAAUCGACCAUUACUAACAUUUCUUGUCUCAACAUAUGGCCAGUAAGACUGUAUUACAGUAAAAGUUUUAACAUAAUUUUCAUCUAUAAGGAAAGACUUCAACACUUAAGAAUAAGCAAAAUCACAUCAUUAUGUUCUUUUAACAACAACAAAAAAAUGACAUAGUCAACCUUGCUGGAUUAAAUUAAAAAUGCACCACUGUGCUAGGUGCUAGGGAAUGAGGUGGGAUAGAUGCAAACUUGCAUUUGAAAGAGCUGCAGACUAGUGAGGGAGACAUGUUGACAGGAUGCAAGGCAGCAAAACAUCUGGGGGACGAUUCUUGGUCAUGGCAGACCAGUGAAGCUACAAAGGACAGUGGUCUUCACCAGAAAGCUUGUAGCACAGUUGCCCUUUUUUUCAAUUUAAUUACAGUGACAGUCGAUGUCAGUGGAUUCCAUCUGGGCCUGGGGCUGAGUACCAGGUGGUUAAAGAAUAGAGGGGCUUGCUCAUAACUCACACAUAAAUGAAUAGACUAUCGUGUAUUUUGUAGAAAAUGUAAGAUCUAGGAGUCAAAGCACUGAAUAUUCAAAUUUAUUUCCUUGAAAAAUUCUUCAGAUUUGAAUAUUUACCUGAAAAUUAAAAGUAAAAUAAGUGUUUAUGAAAGAUUAUUUUCACCUCAUAUGAUGGUAACAGGUGAAAGUUCUGAUUGUCUUGAAAGAAAAGAUAUGGAGCACAGUAUAAAAAAAUUUCAUAGAAAAUUAAUUUUUGUUAUUUUCUCAUUUUGUCAUUACUCUCAGAGAAAAGUAAUACAACCUAAUUAUCCACAAUUUGUUUUCAAAUCUUGAAAUUUGGGAUUCUGUUACCUUGUGCCUUUUAUGACUCAAAGCAAAAACUAUCUUCCUAUACAAGGUUUAUUGAGAUCAUGUUGUAAAAUAUCAGCACGAAAUCAGUGAAAGCAAAGUAUUUUAACUCUCUCCUUUCUCCCCUUUGUAUAUUUCAAAACUUCUUUUCUUAUUUAUGCUGCAUGAAAGGAGAGUUGUAAUUUUCAGAUUGUAUGACAGCACUUUAAAUAGUUUGAGGAUAACUUCAAAUAACAUUGAUAAUAUGCCUUAAUAGCCAAGUAAUAGCUCAGAGGAAGAGUAACUUCCUUAGACCCAGAAACACUUAUUUAGAAUUUGAGAGAGAGAAAAGGGAGAGAGAUUGGGAGGGAAACGGGGAGAGAAAGGAAAAGACUGACUAAGAGAGCAGCAGUUAUGUGAUAGAUGGGAAGUCAGAAUUCCUUUGCUCUAAAUCAGUGAUUCUCAAAAAUGUGGUUUCUAUACCAUCAGCAUCAGCAUUAUCUGGGAACUUACUGGACAUGCAAGUUUCUACCCUAUCCCACACCUACGUAACCAGAAACUUUAGGGGUGAUAGCCCAGAAGCUGUGUGUUAACAAUCCCUAUAGGUGAUUCUGAAACUCUUUAAGAUUUGAGAUCCACUGCUUUCAGUGAUACCACCUGACAUCAGUUUAUUAGCCUGCGUGAAAUAGUCUUUUACUGCACGGGUAUCUAUCUACAACAGGGGCCACCGUCAUCGCUACCCUCAAUGUGGCUGGAUGUCUGAAGGGAAAAACUAAGUAUCAGUGUUGAUUCUCACUCUUGUCAUCUUAUUAGAAAAAUAACAGUCUACAAAACAAUUGCUACUGUGUUAUAAGUGCAGUGUGAAAGAAGACUGGUUUUAAGGCACUUGUGUGCUUUUGUCCAACUGGAUGACUUGAGUUUUUAAAAGUUUCAAAUCCCUAUCUUAUUUAAACUUAUAAAGUGUUUUGCAGACAGUUUCUAAGAAUGGUCAUUGCCUGGAAGGAGAAAUAAAAUAAAAUAAAACUAGUACUUAAAAGAAACUCUGGGAAUGCAGUAGACUGUGUACAUAGCACUCAACAUGUAAAUCCAGGAAUCCUUCUAAAGGGUCUAGAUUUAGUAUGAUUACCUUAACAGGACAAAUGACAAAGAAACAGGUGUCCCCAAAACCUGCCAAUGUUAUGAAACAAAGAGGCAACUAUUUACCUCAUUAUUUGCUAAUGACACAAAUGCAAAGUCUUUCGAAAGAAAUAUGUUGGGACUGUUUUAUGCUAUACCUUGAAUGUGUAUCUCUCUCUCUCUCUCUCUCUCUUUUUUUUUUUUUUGCUAUAUUUCAAAGAUUUAAGUUGUCAAUAUCAUUGAACUAUUUUUAUCAAUAGGAAUGAUAUAAUUUUAUCUAACACCAAAUCCAUUUUAACUUGUUAUUUCUGAACUUCUACAAAACCACGAAAACCUUCAUACAUGAAUAUUUAGUCUUGGCUAAAGAUUACUCCUAGUUUGUAAGGAAAUUUACUUCUAAAUUUCCAAAGCGUGGAGAAUUUAUUGGCCUUUAAGCCUGUGUUAUAAAUUAUUGAUGAGUUAAUUGCAAGUGGCAGAUACAAUGACCUUGAAUACUACUCCCAGUACACGUUGUUUUAAUGAAGAUUAAGGUAAAUAUGGUUAUAAAAUUUGUCAGGCUAUGCUUAAACCUGAAAUAUCCGAAUGGCAAAAAAUCCCAAAGCUGUUUAUGGACCCAAAUUGUGAGGAGGGCUAUUAUUAUUUUAAUACUAGUGUAAUAAUAGAAUGCACUUGAUGUAAAUUGUAAUAAAAAUCAACUGCAUUUCAAAAAAGAAAUCUUGCUAGUCGUUACAAUUUAGAAAGCUUUUCAGUGUCAGUUUUACAACAAAUGCCUUUUCUACUUCCUACAAGUCACAAGUUAAAAAAAAGUAAUUCCACUAAGUUUUAUUCAAUUAGUUUUCAAAUUGCAUGAAACCAAAAAAAAAAAAUAGGUUUUUUAGAGACAAUAUAUCAAUAGAGAAAACAUUGUAAAAAUCUACUCUAUUACCUUAUCUACCACAAGAAAUAAAGUACAAAGGCAUGAAAAACACUAAUUUCCCAAAGUUCAAAGAGAAUUGUUUUCUAUACAACUGCUGCUACUAACAAAGGGUAACACCCCUCUCCACUUGCCACGUAUUUCUAGUCUCUUUUCUUUAUACUCUUUGGAGUUAAAUGUCUUUUAUGUUUUUCAUGAAAUGUAUUUCUAUAAUUGUUGUAUCCCAUGUGUGUAACAUUAUGUCAGUUGUUUAACAAUUAUCUGUCUUGAAAUUCUUUAUGCCUGAUUGUACUGUGUCUUCAUGAAGAAAUCUCUUAUCAAAUCGGAUGUGAUUACACACUUACUGCUGUAAA